AUGGCCGGAACGGCGUUGGCGCUGUGGCAAGCCCGCGCCUCGGUCGUGCUGCCCUCCGGCUGUGACUCCAUCGAUGAACUACUGCACGGUGGCUUCCGCUCCGGUAUAUUGACUGAAAUAUGCGGCGAAGCUUCCGCGGGCAAGACGCAGCUGUGUCUACAGCUGCUGCUACAGUGCUGUCUGCCACGCUCGCUCGGUGGGCUGCAAGGCACGGCCUGCUACAUCUGCACGGAGGGCGUGGGCUCGGUGAAACGCCUUCAUGAUCUGGCGCAGGUGUAUGCAAAGCGAUACGGCGGGGUCAUGGGCAUCGGUGCCAAGCGGAAGCGAGGCGAAGCGGUUCCCAAAUUAAGCGGCAGCGACUUCCUAGACGGUAUCUUCGUCGAGCAGCUCUACACAGUCGAUGACCUCAUGGACCUAGUGCAAGCGAGACUCCCCAUGCUUCUGGCCGAACAGAACACCAAGCUGGUGGUUCUGGACUCGGUUGCAGCCGUCUUCCGUCUAGAAUCCACGUCCUCUGUUAAGGAGGCCGCAGAGCGCUCUCGCACCAUGUUCCACAUGGCCAAUUGCAUGCGCAUCCUGAGCGACCAAUACGGCGUCGUGUUCGUGGUGACCAACCAAGUGACUGGCGAUUUCGACCCUCGAUCGAAUGGGAACGGGCUGAGACCAGCUCUGGGGCUGUCGUGGUCGCACUGCAUCAACCAACGCCUCAUGAUCACGCGGCAUAAGGACUCAACGCGUCGGCGACUGGACGUGGCCUUCUCUCCGCAUUUGCCAGCUGAGACCUGUGCGUUCCAAGUCACGAAUGAAGGUGUGCGACCGUCGGACGGAGACUGA